GGCUUCCUUGUGGGGUUAUAAAACUCACUUUUCUUACCGGUAAAUCUGGUGCCAGGAGAGGUGGGUUUAUUCAUGAAUAGCUGACUGCCUGCUUGAAAUGAAAGAAAAAAUGAAGAUUUGCAUCAUCCUCUGCAUGCUUGAACUUAAGCAUUAGAGAGUUCAAGUCCUUGUUCCACAAGCGUGCAAUUACACGGACUUGAACAGGACAAAAAUUAACAGAGGUGCACCUGAACUGGUGAGAGCAAUGGUAGAAGCUUUACUGAACAGAGGAUCAGCAAGGCCCAAAAUGAGGUGGCUUAUGGUGUUUGCUUGGUUUCAAGCCAUUACAUUUUCAGAAGCAUUUAGAAAACCAGCUACUAUGGAUUUUGAACAAGUCCUAACCAAGAAUACUGUGAAUCCAGAAUGCUUCAUGAAUGUUAGUGAAAUUAUCAGAUAUCAUGGAUACCCUAGCGAGGAGCAUGAAGUUGUGACCCAAGAUGGAUAUAUCCUGAGCGUUAAUAGAAUUCCUGGUGGAAAAGACAAUGGGACCAGAGGAAAAAGGCCUGUGGUGUUUCUGCAGCACCCUCUCCUGGGAGAUGCAACCCACUGGAUUUCUAACCUGCCUAACAACAGCCUGGGCUUCAUCCUAGCAGAUGCUGGCUAUGAUGUUUGGUUAGGAAACAGCAGAGGAAACACCUGGUCUUUGAAACAUAAGACUCUUAAGCCCAAGCAAAAAGCAUUCUGGAGGUUCAGUUUUGAUGAGGUUGGUAAAUAUGAUCUUCCAGCAGCACUACAUUUUAUCAUGGAAAAAACUGGACAGGAAGAGCUGUAUUACGUUGGCCAUUCAGAAGGGACAGCUGUAGGUUUUGCAGCAUUUCUAACCAAUCCAGAACUGGCUAAAAAAAUCAAAGUAUUCUUUGCCCUGGGUCCUGUAGCCACAGUUACGUAUGCCACAAGCCCCCUAGCAACACUUGGGAGGCUUCCUGAAAUAGUACUCAAGGCGUGGCUGGGUAACAAGGGAACCUUUCAACAGCAUGUGUUUCUGAAAAAGCCGUUUACGAAAUUGUGCACCGUCAUGAAGAAGUUUUGUACCUUAAUCCUCUCUUCUGUGACUGGCUAUAAUACUCCAAACCUAAAUACAAGUCGGAUGGACAUGUAUGUAGCACAUUCCCCUGCUGGAACAGCUGUACAAAAUGUACUACACUGGCGUCAGAUAAACUAUGCAAAGCAAUUCCAAGCUUAUGACUAUGGCUCUAAAGAAAAGAACAUGGAGAAAUACAAUCAGACUUCUCCUCCUGCAUAUGAAAUAGAAACAUUGAAAAUACCAAUUGCUGCUUGGAGUGCUGGAAAAGACCUGCUAGCAGACCCAAAAGAUGUCGCAAUCCUACUCCCACGAUUUGCUAACCUAGUUUUUCAUGAUCAUUUUCCUGACUGGGCACAUUUAGAUUUCAUCUGGGGUCUUGAUGCAGCAGAACGCCUCUAUACAAAAAUCAUUGACCUGAUGAAAAAGUAUCCCUAAAGCCACACAGUGGGACUUGAAAUGUAAUUAUUUGAUAUAUUGGGAAUGGUUGGCAUUGUGUUGGUCUAUUGGAUUACUUUCUAAUAUUAUUUUUGCAAAAUAAUUACUCAUGGGUUCAGUAAAGAAAUUUAUUAUAAAUGAAUUGUUUUUUUCCCAUGCAUGUGUCACUGUACUUAUAUACCUAUAUUCUAUCUUGCUAGUGGAUUUAAGUAGCUGGCAGCACUUAAAUAAGCUGUGCUAUAGCAAAUUCUUUUGAACCCAUAGAAAGUAAAUGUUGCAGAAGAUCACUUAAUUCCAAAAUGUUAAUUUCUGCAGUUUACUCUUCCAGUGAGUAAUGAAUGACAUUCAUCUCAUUGUAGUCAAUGAAAUUACUUUUAUUAUUUUGUUUUUUAAGAGCAGGUUUAUCUUUUGUUGAUCAGCUUUUAAAGCGACUAUUAAGGCUUCUCACAAGCAACUCUGCUGGAUAACGUGAAGGUGUAAGGUACCUUAAAUGAAAGUGACUGGUAUUAUAGACUUCAGGGGCAUGUCCAGAUGAGCACACAUAAGCAGUUUGAGGCACCACAGACCCAUCUGUGGUGCCGUAAACCACACACGUUGUACAUGCAUACAUUCACCGCAUUGCUAAAUAGCAGUGCAGUGGGUUUUAGGAUACCGGGAUCACUCAGUGUCAGAAAAACCGUGCCAAAAAGAAGCAGGGCAGUGCACAUGGAGGCAGCAUGCACCACCCAAAACUGAAGCCUGGUUGGCCAGAGCCACACUCUGGCUGCUAGCCAGGCUCUGCAUGCCCAGAUCUCUACCACUACAGCCCUGGAGGGAGCCCGGUACCCCAGGUAAGGCUACUGGGCCCAGGCCAGGUGCUGCCCCAACCUCCCCUAGCCCACCCAGGGCAACUUGCUGCACACCAGAGCACAUAUGCAGGGUCGUUCCCAGGGACAAGUAGCAGCAGCAUAAAUAUGUGUCACUGCUAUUGGUCCUUGGGGGAAACACACUUUCCUGCUCAUGGGGAUGCUCCAUGGAUGCUAAGAUGGAUGCUAAGAAGGGAAGAAGGAGAGCAGCAGAAUAAAGACAGUGCUUUUCUGAAGCCCAGACUUCAACCAAACGUUCUGUUAGUAUCUCUGGUGUAUCUGUGUUUUUAUUACUGGGGUCUGUCUAAUAAAAAAAUGUAUGACUUCUCUAA